GCAUCAGCAGUGAACAGAGGCCACAAUCAAUCUGACAGAGCAGGAGACACAAGAACCUUGAGGGACAGAUAAAACAACAGAGUUGCCAGAGGAGGACGGAAACCUGAAGCGGUUUCGAAGCUGCAGAGUGAGAGUGCAUCAGGAGGGUGUGUGGACCUGAGAGAAACAUACUGAAAGAAGAAACGGUGAAGACUGCUCUUCUCUGAUUGGGAUAAUUUGAGAUUUUCUGGCCCUUUGUGUUUGUGCCUGCCAGCAGGUGCAAUGCCUGCCACGUCACUACAGCAGGUGGGCAGCAGGGGGCGAUGUGCUGCUCUCCUGCUCCCUCUCCUCCUGCUGUCUGUGGCUCCAAGGCCCGGGGACACCAUGAUCAACAUCCCAUCCAAAUACAAAAUAAGACACUUGAAAACCCCCCCAGUGAUCACUGCCCAGCCAGAGUCUAUCACCACCUUUUCAGCAGAUGACAUCACACUCACCUGUGAGGCAACUGGGAAUCCCCAACCCACGUUCCGCUGGGUGAAAGAUGGUUUGGAGUUUGACCCCUCUAAAGACCCUGACCUCUCAGUGUCCAGAGAUUCUGGGACCUUCUCAUUGACAGCCAAAGAUGGACCCAUCCACCAGUACCAGGGCAGAUAUAACUGCUAUGCAUCUAAUGAGCUCGGCACUGCCGUGUCUAAAGAGGCUCGUAUUAUCACAGAGAACACUCCCACUCUACAGAAGGAGAAGAAGGUAUCAAAGAAGGUUGAGGAAGGAGAGAGUGUGGUGCUUCCCUGUAAUCCUCCUAACAGCACCGUGGCCCCGGUCAUCCACUGGAUGGACAAAAGGCUGCGGCAUAUUCAGCAAAACGAGCGUGUGAUUCAGGGUCGCGAUGGAAACUUGUACUUCUCUCAUGUGACUCCGGCAGACAGCCGAGAUGACUACACCUGCAACACUCAGUUUCCCAGCGCAUUCAUCAUCCAGCUCAAAGAGCCCAUCAAACUCACCGUUGUCCCCUCUAACUCAGUGGUGCGCAACAGAAGGCCACAAAUGAUGCAACCCACUGGCUCCCGCAGCUCCUACCUGGUGCUCAGUGGCCAAGACCUAGAGCUGGAAUGCAUUGUUCAGGGCCUGCCGACUCCCAGUAUCCAGUGGAUCAGGAAAGAUGGAGUUCUGUCUGAGUCACGCACCUCCACUGACAGUUAUAACAGAGUUCUGCGCUUUAAGAAUAUCUCAGAGUCUGACGCUGGCGAAUACCAGUGUACCGCCACCAAUCUGCAAGGCAUGAUCUCUCACACCUACAGCAUCACUGUGGAAGCUGCCCCAUAUUGGACGAAAGAACCAAAGAGCCAGCUGUACGCCCCGGGAGAGACGGUCAAACUGGAUUGUAAGGCUGAUGGCAUUCCCAGCCCUGAGGUCACCUGGAGCAUCAAUGGGAACCUUCUUACUGAUAUUGACCCAGAUCCACGUCGCAGUUUGAAACAUGGUGUUCUCACCCUGAAGAAUGUGGAACUCAGUGACACUGCGGUGUAUCAGUGCAAAGCUGCCAAUAAGCACGGAUCUAUCAUCAUCAAUGCUUACGUCUAUGUUAUAGAACUGCCUCCCCAGAUUCUGACAGAAGAUGUACUCAUGUACUCCGUGGCAGAGGGACAGACGAUUGAUCUGGCUUGCGAGACCUUUGGCUCUCCUCGGCCCAAUGUCACAUGGGAGGGCGAGUCCUGGGGCUCACUUAUAGCCAACCCAAGGAUGAAUCCGUUAUCCGAUGGCUCUCUACAGAUCAGUAACGCCUCCCUAAAUGACAGCGGCCUGUACACCUGCACUGUCAGCAACAGCAAAAUCACCAUCACUGCUGAGCUGGCCGUACUCAAUAAGACGUUCAUUGUGAAACCUCCGUUGGCUCUGCGAAUUCAGCGGGGGAAGCCAGCUACCCUCACCUGCGAGUACCAGGUGGACUCCAGGCAGGGCGCCCCUCAAGUCCAGUGGAGGAAGAACCAAAAGAAGCUCACAGAGUCUUCUGAUUCAGACAAGUACAUGAUGGAUGAAUCAACCCUCAUAAUACCCGAAGUUGAAGAUGACGAUGAAGGGAGAUACACCUGUGAAGUCAUUACCAAUCUGGAUAUGGCAGAAGCAAGUGGCUCCAUCACUAUCGUUGACCGACCAGACCCUCCAACCCAAAUACAAAUGACCGAACCUAAAGAACGCAGUAUCACUCUCAGCUGGACACCUGGAGAUGAUCACAACAGCCCUGUGCUAGAGUAUUUGAUUGAGUUCGAGGAGACAGGAUCUGAAAGAAAGGAAUGGGAGGAGCUAAGCCGUGUGUCAGGCAGCAUUCAGCGAACUACCCUUCCCUUGAAGCCCUUCAUUUCUUAUCGUUUCCGAAUCAUCGCCAUCAAUGACAUCGGCAAGAGUAACCCGAGCAAGGAAACGGAGGCUUAUUCCACACCAGCUGCUCCUCCAGACAGCAACCCUGAAGGAGUGCGCAGUGCUUCCAUCGACCCAGGCACCCUUGUCAUCACAUGGGAGGAGUUGGACAGGCGUAGUUUCAAUGGCCCAGAUUUUCACUACAAAGUGAUGUGGAGGAAAGUUUUGGGCAGCGGUCCGUCCUGGCACACCAAAAACGUUUCCUCUCCACCCUUCGUCAUCACAGAUGUGGGCAACUUCUCUGCCUUUGACAUUAAAGUGCAAGCUGUUAAUGAGAUGGGAGAAGGUCCAGAGCCCAAAUCUGCCAUUGGAUACUCUGGAGAGGAUACCCCUCUUGAGGCCCCUCUGGACGUGGGAGUGGUUCUGAUCAACAGCACUGCUAUUAAAGUGGCAUGGGCGGCCGUGAACAGAGAAACCGUGAGGGGCCGUCUGAAGGGUUACAAGAUUUAUCUGAGCCACUUUGACACAGAAAGCAGACACCUCAGACGGGAGCGUGUUAGGGAGGGUAAGCCGUCAAACGUCACGAUUGUGACGACGGACAGUAAUGAGGAGAUGAUGAUUCUGGGAGGUCUGCAGCCCUACUCUCAUUACUCACUGAAUAUAAGUGCCUUUAAUCAUAAAGGAGAAGGACCCCAGUCUGAAGCCCUCACCUUCCACACUCCAGAAGGAGUACCUGGUCCUCCAUCGUUUUUACAGCUGGAAAGCCCAUCAGAGACAGAAAUGAUACUGCAUUGGUCUGCGCCCAACCAGCCAAAUGGAGUCCUGACUGGAUAUAUGUUACAGUAUCAACAAGUUGAUAAUGAAGACACCCCGAUGCUUGUAGAAAAGAUUAGUGACCACGCCAAAAAUCACUUCAAGUUAAAGCUGGACCCUCGCAGCCGUUACCGCUUCCACCUGCGGGGAUACACGGCUGCUGGAGAAGGACUGCCAAUCACCAUGGAGGGAGCUACCACACUGGAUGGAGGUCCACCCUCCAACAUUAGCUUAUCGAUUGGAGAGACAUCAGUCAACCUGACCUGGGUGUCGAAAGAAAGACAGAGGAAUGUGGGAUUCCAUAUUCAUUACCUGAGAGAUGGCAAAGGCAAAUGGAAGCACUCUGAACAAGUAAACAGCUCUCAGUCUUUCUACACGCUUCAGGGGCUCCAGCCCGGAUCGCUGUACUACCUGCGGAUUGACUCCGGAAACAAGACUAUCUGGAAGGAUGAGAUCCAGACUGCUGGAACAAUAGAAAUGGAGAAACAGGAUGGGUUUGUGACUGAAAGCUGGUUCAUCGGACUCAUCAGCGCCCUUGUGCUAUUACUGCUGGUACUGCUUAUUCUGUGUUUCAUAAAACGAAGCAAAGGUGGAAAAUACUCGGUUAAAGAGAAAGAAGAGGGCCAGAUAGACUCUGAAGCUCGGCCAAUGAAUAAUGAGGCUUUUGGAGAGUACAGAUCUCUUGAGAGUGACAACGAGGAGAAGCGGACGGCCAGUCAGCCGUCUCUGUGCGAGGACAGUAAGCUAUGUACCGAUGACGCUCUAGACGACUACGCCAACAGCAACAGCGUUCAGACCGAGGUCCUCAUGGACGAGUCACUGGCCAGUCAGAGCAGCGGAGUCCGAGAUGUCCCUGACCCUGAGACUCAGGAAAGUUCCCCUCUAAAUCCUGCCACAGCCAUCUCCCACCACGGCCUGCCCAACUCCGCCGCCCUCCUUGACUAGCCGGGCGAGACCGAGACCAAACGUGGAUUCACACAUGUGCCCACCUGUUGCAACCGCUCAUGAUUUACCAACUGAUCGAAAACCCACAAUAAUAAGACGUACACGCACACAACAGACGCCACCAGAGCCACUGCUGGAACGUACUUCAGACGUAAUUGGACCAACACAACACUUUUAACACAGCCAGAGGAAAACAUUCGACUGACAUACAACAAAUAGACUGCCAUGCUCGUUGUUUACAGACCUUAUCUCUCAUUUUACUAUAUAAAAUAGGCUAUAGCAGUUUACAGUUAUACAGACGUGACAAGAAGAGACUUCUUUGAUAACCCGGUGAAACAUAAAGUAUACACCGAGCUCCUGUGGCAGACACCAAAUCAAACAUGGAGUCAGAUUCACCUGUUAGUCGAUAAAGAAGCGUUAUGGAAGGAGGGUGCGAGAGAGAAGAAGCUGAGGGCCUUAAAAUCAUGACUAAGUGCGUUGUGCAAGCAUAUAGACAGCGUGAGCUGGUUAUUCUGGUUGCAAAGUUUAAUCAACUUAUUGUGUUUUGUGUGUCUACCAUUUUGUUUACCAUUUUGCCUGAACCAUUUUUAUAAUUAAUUUUUUAUUAUUAAUUUAUUUUUUUAACGCAAGUAUCACUUUUGUGUCGUGUUUUAAAGGUGCUGUAAGCAAUGUCAGCCAUUAUGAAGCUUCCGAGUCUUGGCCACUGACUUAGACACGCCCACUUCUCCAAAACCCUACCCUACAAAGAUUUGCCCCUGCUGGUAGAUGCAGUAACUACACCAUCUGCUACUAACUAAAAACAUUUCUCCAUCAAAAUUUGCAAUGUUUUAUAUGUUAAAAAAAUAAAAAAAGAACUAAAAAAAUGUAUUUAUUAGUUUGAAUGGUGCCCAAUUUCUUUCUUGCUCUUAAAGUUGGCAUAAAAGGCACACUGAUCUUAUUGUAAUUGAUCAUUUCAUUUUUCGUUUUUUUUUAUAUUGAAUGAAAACGUGAUUUAACAGCAUUUUCGUCCGCCUAAACCCCGCCCCUUACUUACAAUUAACUGAAGAUGAAUAGAACCAGUUUCCUGCCCUCCAUUUUUUUUUCAUUCCAUAAAUUUUGCUUAUGGCACCUUUAAGUCAUCUGUACUACGUUGAGUUGUUGUAAUAUAAUCGUGAUUCAAUGGAAGAUACAUAUCGGCAUCCCCUCAGUUACGAAUAUAGAGUUCCUUAGUGUAAAUACGUGAGAUGCAAUGACAUAAGAUCGUUUAUAGCAAGCUGUACAGAUCUAUCAAUUUAGCCAAAUACAGUAUUAUAAUCUCUUUCAUCUCCAUCGGUUCCUGUGCCUGCCUAUGACAACAUACUCGCCACCAUCAUCUCUCAUCUUUAUUUCUCCCUCUGUGUGUGUCUGUUUUCUGAAUUGUAUUAAACUGUAUUGAUUGAUUCUCUCUUGCAGUCCUGUUGGUGUAAAGCCAUAAGAAUACACACGUAAGGUGCGUAGUUGAGAGGUCAUAUUGAGUUAGACGGGGUUGUGAGAGAGUACGUCACACACACGGUUUAGUUUGGUUACGUAAAAUGCAAUCAUGUAUUGGCUUGUGUCUUAUUACACAGAAUGUAUGCUUCGUUUGGGUGGGAAUUGUUCCAUACCAGUAUACCAAAUAGCAUUUGUUCCCUUUUUUUGCUUUUUGGUUCAUUUGAUUUGACGUUUAAUAUAGCAGAAUAUAGCACUGAGAGAAUCUAUGGCACAUUUGGUAUUUCUCAAGAGAGGGGCACAGGGGGAAAAAAAACCUCUGACUUUCCAGAUGAAUGUAAAUAUAGCCCACAAGAUUGUUUGUUAUGACUUUGAAAACUGUCUUGUUGAUUAUGUUUUAGUUUUUGAAAUUUGUUUUGUAACUUUUUUUAACAUUAGAGUAACUUGUUAGUUGUGAUUUGAGUGUGGUAGAUAAGUAGUCCAUAGUUUUAAAAAAUAAAAAUAACUAAGAAAAAGUCCUUUGAUAAAUGUUGCAGGUUCUUAAAAAAAAAAAGAAGAAGCUAAUUUGAUAAAAGAGACAAAAAAAAGCGUAUUGAAGCUACCGGCAAAACGCGAUUGCGCUUAUAGUUUCCCGAGUGCUGAAGAAUGGCAGUAUUGUGCGUAUCUGAUUAGAAUCUAUUGCUGCAGAGGCGGUGCGAGAGGAAGCACGCAGUCAUCUUACUUUGCACACACACACACACACUUCCAGGGAGCGAUGGAAGCGUGCUGACUCGGAUCUUUGAGACCACUGUCUUGUGGCGGGUUUUUGCAGUGAUUCCCAGCCCUCUGGGAAGGGUCUGCACGAUCUGUUAGCCUCCCUCACAAAAGCUGUACAGACACACUCAGGACAAAAGUCUCUUAGAGAUCUAUUUUCUUACAGGAGGGGGAAGUGAUGCAAAUUAUAUUCAACUCCAUAUUCAACUGAACUGCUGCUAGACGACUUGUGUAUUCUGUCAGUGUCUUGACUGUGUAUUGAGCUCGGAGGUGAAUCGACUCUCAGAUAUCCACUAUACUGCCCUCUGCUACUGCAAAUAAAACCGGGUGGGAGGGCACCAUUUAAAGCUUGACUAGCGAAAGAACGUUGCCGUUUCUGUUGUUACUUGUCAAAUGUACGCCUUAAAGCUCAUAAUGCAUCUUAAACUGUAGGCUUAAUGCAUAAAUAAGCUUGACAUAAUAGUCUCUUAUUCCUCUUGUAUGUUCUGUUUGUUACUGCAUAUGAUGUGAAAAUAAAUGAAGGACCAGAUGAA